CCUCCGGCUGAGAGCGCCGCUGCACUCGCGGCCGGCGAUGCGGGGCCCCGGCGCGGCCGCGUCGCGCUUGCGGGUGGGCCUAUGCACCCUGGUGUUUACGCUGCUGGGAGCGCUGCCCGCGAUCACCGGGGCGCAGCCGUAUCACGGUGAGAAGGGCAUCUCGGUGCCGGACCACGGCUUCUGUCAGCUCAUCUCCAUCCCGCUGUGCACGGACAUCGCCUACAAUCAGACUAUCCUGCCCAACCUGCUGGGUCACACGAACCAAGAGGAUGCGGGCCUCGAGGUGCAUCAGUUCUACCCGCUGGUGAAGGUGCAGUGUUCUCCCGAGCUGCGUUUCUUCCUGUGCUCCAUGUACGCACCCGUGUGCACCGUUCUGGAUAAGGCCAUCCCGCCGUGCCGCUCUCUGUGUGAGCGUGCCCGCCAGGGCUGUGAAGCGCUCAUGAACAAGUUCGGCUUCCAGUGGCCGGAGCGGCUGCGUUGCGAGAACUUCCCGGUGCACGGCGCCGGCGAGAUCUGCGUGGGCCAGAACACGUCCGACGGCUCCGGGGGCCCAGGCGGCGGCCCUACGGCUUACCCCACUGCGCCCUACAUGCCCGACCUGCCCUUCACCGCGGUACCCCCGGGGGCCGCUGACGGCAGGGUCCGUUCCGCCUUUCCCUUCUCGUGCCCGCGCCAGCUCAAGGUGCCCCCUUACCUGGGCUAUCGCUUCUUGGGCGAGCGCGACUGCGGCGCCCCGUGCGAGCCGGGCCGCGCCAACGGCCUCAUGUACUUUAAGGAAGAGGAGAGGCGCUUCGCCCGCCUCUGGGUGGGUGUGUGGUCCGUGCUGUGCUGCGCUUCCACGCUCUUCACCGUUCUCACCUACCUAGUGGACAUGAGGCGCUUCAGUUACCCCGAGCGGCCCAUCAUUUUCCUGUCGGGCUGCUACUUCAUGGUGGCCGUGGCGCACGUGGCCGGCUUCCUGCUGGAGGACCGCGCCGUGUGCGUGGAGCGCUUCUCCGACGACGGCUACCGCACGGUGGCGCAGGGCACCAAGAAGGAGGGCUGCACCAUCCUCUUCAUGGUACUGUACUUCUUCGGCAUGGCUAGUUCCAUCUGGUGGGUCAUCCUGUCGCUCACUUGGUUUCUGGCGGCCGGCAUGAAGUGGGGCCACGAGGCCAUCGAGGCCAACUCGCAGUACUUCCACCUGGCCGCAUGGGCGGUGCCCGCCGUCAAGACCAUCACCAUCCUAGCCAUGGGCCAGGUGGACGGGGACCUCCUCAGUGGAGUGUGCUACGUGGGCCUGUCCAGCGUGGAUGCGCUGCGGGGCUUCGUGCUGGCGCCCCUGUUCGUCUACCUCUUCAUCGGCACGUCCUUCCUGCUGGCUGGCUUCGUGUCGCUCUCCCGCAUCCGCACCAUCAUGAAGCACGACGGCACCAAGACGGAGAAGCUGGAGAAGCUCAUGGUGCGCAUCGGCGUCUUCAGCGUGCUCUACACCGUGCCCGCCACCAUCGUUCUGGCUUGCUACUUCUACGAGCAGGCCUUCCGUGAACACUGGGAGCGCACCUGGCUCCUGCAGACGUGCAAGAGCUACGCCGUGCCCUGCCCUCCCGGCCAUUUCCCGCCCAUGAGCCCAGACUUCACAGUCUUCAUGAUCAAGUACCUGAUGACCAUGAUCGUGGGCAUCACCACUGGCUUCUGGAUCUGGUCCGGAAAGACCCUACAGUCCUGGCGCCGCUUCUACCACAGACUUAGCCAUAGCAGCAAAGGGGAGACUGCGGUAUGAGCCCCGGCCACUUCCUCACCCUCCCUUCUCCCA